AUGAAUUAAUUAGGAUAAUGUGUAUAAUAAUGUCCUAUUGAUUAUUUAAUUUGCACUGAAUCAUCAGUUUAGUUUAAAUAAUAUCUUUUAAUACUUAUUAUUAUGACUUAGGAUAUUUAAAGUUAUUAACCUAUAAAAGUAAUAGAGUUUUAUUAAUAUGCAUUUGUGCUUUACUUGAUUCACCAAAAUCAUUUGAUUCUUUAAUUUUGGAAAAUUCGCUUCUUUUUUGCCAUCUUUAGGUUCUAAUAAUUUAAUUAAUAAAUUAAAUGCAAAUUAACUAUCACCUGUUACUAUAUUGAAAGAAAAUAAUAUAAACUCCUCUAUUUCUUAUUCCUUUAAAAUUAACUAUAAUAAGAUAGUUUUUGA